AUGUUGGUAUCCUUCGGCUUAUAUUCGGAGUUCCACGCGGAGGCGACAGGCGCCCCGUACCUUUGGAGGCCGUCGUCAGCGCCGCAGAACAGACGCGCUGUUUCCUCAAGGAAGGGACAAGAGGGCGAGUGGCGAUCAGGCUUUCCGGGCCCUGUCUCCUUGCCGUGGGGGCCGUCGACUGAAGACGAGGCCAGCGGGAGCUGCGGCCCAUCGGCGGCGAGCUUGCUCGCCUUUCCCCUCCUUCCAGACGCAAGAGAGUCCUCGCCUUUCUCCAGUGGAGACGACGCACCUGCAGCCUCGGAGGGCCCGGAGAGAGGAGGUGCGAGGGAGACGCGCAGGCGACGGCGAGAGGAACGAGCCAGCGCGAGACGGAGGCGAUCUGCCGAGCCAGAGAACCCGGACGCGUGGUGUCUCCGGCAGAACAAAGAGCUCGAAGACUGGAUCGCGCACCAGCUGUAUGACGAGGACAUGGCCCUGGCCCUCGCGGCGACGGAGAACGAGGCCGACGCGUGGCGGGGCGUCUCGGACGAUGCAGAUCCGUCGAGGGGGGGCGAGCGGCUGCAUGUGUCACGCCCAACCGCAGCCGCAGAUCCCGGAGCGAAACUCCUCAGCGACCGGAUCGCCAAGGAGCCGCCGGCCUCUUCCCUAGUGUCCGGACAGACGGCCAGCACCGACUCUGCGGGUCCACGCCGGGAAGCCUGCGAGGCCGCGCGCGAGGCAGGACAACUCGGCAGAUCUGGAGACUGCCGCGGUCACCCAGCUGCGGCGUCGACCAAGGACGCAAGGCAGACCGCAAACAGAUCGCCUUCCGCCGCUGCGGAGUGUACAGACAGUCCAGCUUCGUCGAGUGGCUGCACGCACGGGGAACGCGCCGCCGCGCUGGGUGUGAAUGGUGCGAAUCUCUCGCCAGCCUUUCAGGUCGCUGAAGCGAAGAGCGCGCCGUCGCGACAGAGUGCGGAGACUUUCGGCGGCGGGGCGGAGACUGCUGGCCCGCCACUGCGUGAGACGGCUCAGACCGAAGACGAGCACGAACCCGGAGACGCGUGUCCCUUCUGGUGUGUGUGGACGCGAGAGUGCUACACGACCCAGCCAGUGUUUCACAGAGAAGGCGCGAGAAGUGCGUCGCUGCUGGAAGAGGCAGAAGCCUUCGUGGCUCGUGCGGCGAAUGGAGCGACGAUGCUCGCCGCCGGCAAAGCCAGCCUCCGGCUCCAUCAGGCGCCUCGGCACCUCGCGCUGUAUGUUUCGCAAGUGAGCUCGCGCAUGUUCUUCGAUCCGCAGUACCGGACCGCGUUGAUGAGCAAGUACGUGUCGUGA